GCGCACUGCACGACCGGCCGCACUAGCAUUCUGCCCGCGGGUCCUCUCGUGUCUUCCUCCCACUCGCCCGCACCUUCGGCUCCUUCGUUCUACUGCCACAGGAGUGAGAGCGAAGGAAAAUGUGGAGGCAUCUUCUAGCAACGUUAUUCGUCUUGGCCACGGCCUUCAGUUCGGGGGCGGCAAAUGGGGCUCCGGAAGGCCAGGCGACGGAGAUGGUUCUGGAGAUGCUCAAAGACCAAGAGACCUACAACUCGGCAGUCAGGCCCUCUGUGAACGGUGGAGCUACCGAGGUCAAGGUGCAGAUGUAUAUCCGAGAAAUCGACGUCGAUGACACAAACAUGAAAGCUGAAUUCGAUCUCACCUUCAGGAUGGUCUGGAAUGACCCACGCCUCACCUACGAUGCACCAGGAGUCAGUUACGUCAACAUCCUCACGCCCCACUUGGCCUGGCUGCCCGACGCCUUCUUCAAGAACGCCAUCACGACGCAACUGGAGUCCGUCUACCCUGAGAGCUACCUGAGGGUCUACCCGAAUGGACGCCUCAUCUACAGCACCAGGUUGUCGUUAAAGCAGAACUGUCCCAUGAACUUCGCUCGUUUCCCCCACGACACCCAGGACUGCAGAAUCCAGGUGGCAAGUUAUGGCUACACGGCCGACGAGGUCUUCUUCAUAUUCGACGAGGAAGUCCAGAUCGGCAAGGACCUUCACGUUGAGAAAUUCCACAUGGAGAAUAUCGGGGAUAACAUGUUCUCCUAUUGCAACACGAAGACGGCUACUGGCGAAUACAGCUGCGUCCAAAUCUCCAUCAGCAUACGACGAGCUUUCGGCACAUACCUGCUGGAGUGGUACUUGCCCGUCAUCUUCCUCGUCUUCGUGGCAUAUUUCGCCUUCCUGAUCCCCGGAGACCAGUUCCUCGCCCGUCUCCUCCUCACCCUCAUUCCCCUCAUUAGCUUGGCUUCCUUCAGCUACAGCUUCAGGCAGUCGUUGGCCUUGGUGCCCUACGCGCGCGCCCUCGACAUCUUCACCGGCAUCUCCCUCAUAGUCAUCUUCGCCACGCUCGUCCACGUCAUCAUGUGCUACAUCAAGGGAGGGCAGAAGUGCAACGUGGCGGCGGACGAAGCGGUGCAAUAUACAAGUGGUCUCUUUCCUACGCCUUUAGUCCUGCCUCGUCUCACUUCCAUCGUGGUCUCAGCCUCAGAUCUUUGCCUCAGUCCAUUUGCUCGAGUGUUUCGUUCUGCUAAUUUUAUUGGUGAGCAUCAUGGUAUUCAGAGACUAUAUGACGAUAGUAGCUUGGCCCAUCUUACCCACCCCCUACCUGCCUUCACGCUAAACUCCUAG